AUGAAGUUAAUCAAUUUAUUUCAACAUUUCAGUUUACUUGCAUUCAUUUCAGGUAUCGUAUUAGGUGCGGUACUGGGUAUCGACUAUGGUCACCAGAACCUAUUAGCUAUGAUUGUUUCCCCAGAUGCUCCAAUGGAGAUUGUUUUGACACCGGAGUCUAAACGUAAAGAUUUUUCUGGGUUAGCAAUCAAACAAAUACCAAAUUCCAACAACAAGACAAAAGUUGAAUAUGAAAGAACUUACGGUUCUGCAAUAUCCUCUCUAAUGACCAGAUUUCCACAGAACAUUGCCGCAAAUCUAAAGUCAUUGCUAGGUAUUUCAUCUGAAGAUAAGGAUACUAUUGUAGCCGAUUAUUUGUCAAUGCAUCCUGGUGCCAAUUUAACUUUUAAUGACAGAAACUCUGUUUCUUUUAACAUUGACGGAAUUGAGUACCCAGUCGAGCAACUUACUGCAAUGAACUUAAGAGAGCUACUAAACAGAGGUAAUGAAUUAUUAUUAUCAAAAACGAAUAAAACUAGUGAUGUUAUUACUGAUAUAGUUAUCUCUGUUCCAGAGUAUUUCAAUCAAAUGCAACGUGGUGCUUUAUUAGAUUCCGCAUUAAUUGCUAGUUCCUCCGUAGAAAGUUUACUAUUAAAUGACGGCAUUUCUGUUGCAGUUGACUUCGUACUAAAACAACGUGAAUUUCCUACCGACGAGGAUAUUUACUUUAUUGUAUACGACAUGGGUAAUGAAUCUGUUCAAUCUUCUUUGUUUUCUGUGUUCCAAUCAUCUAAUUCCUCCAUACCAAUCAAAGUAGAACUAUGCGGUUACGGUUACAGGACCGAUAUCGGUGGUCAAUCUUUCACAAAGGAACUGGCUAAAAUUCUAAUUGAUAAGUUUUUGCUAGAAAAUACUAAGGUCUCCAGGACAACAUUACAAAAAAAUGAUAGAGCAAUGGCCAAAUUUUAUCAAGCUGCAGAAAAAACGAAGCUGAUUUUAAGUGCUAACAAAGAUGCACCUGUCAACAUCGAAUCUGUUCUUCCUGACGUGAACUUUAAAACGACGAUAACUAGGAAAGAAUUUGAAGAUGCCACCUCUGAUCUCUUAGAAUUAAUCUCAGAACCUAUUGAUGAUAUGUUUGAAAAUAUGUUCAUUGAAUCACCAAUAGCUUUGGAUGGAAUCGCUGGUUUAAUUUUAACUGGUGGUGCAAAUCGUAUUCCAACUGUUCAAAAAUUAUUAUAUGAUUUAGUAGGUGAAGAAAAGAUCAUGAAAAAUGUAAACGCAGAAGAAUCUGUUGUUUAUGGUGUCACAAUCAGAGGUGUUAAAGUGUUUGGUGCAUUUCAAACUAAACCAAUGAAGAUUGUUGAUAAAUCUACUAGCGACUUCUCAAUUACGGUAGAAAAUGAUAAUGAAGAAGAAGAAGAAGAAGAAGAAGAAGAAUUCACAAUUUUUGAAAAAGGUACACAAUAUCCUAUUAAACGAUCCUAUAUUUUAGAGACUUCUGAUGAAAUAUUAUCAAAUUUUACAAUGAAUUUUUAUGAAAAUGAUAUAAUGUUUAGAACUUUUGAUAUUACAUCUAGCAAAUUAAAAAAUAAUUUCAAAGCUCUGGAAUGUGAAAAUGGUUAUGCUUAUAAUGUCACAUUCUCCAUUAACAAAAGUAAAAUUUUUGGAAUUGACAGCUGUUCAAUUAUCUGUUUAAGAAACCCUUUACAAGAUAUAGAGUCUGGGGCUAUACUUAAUGAUGAUAUUUUUAUGACAUUAUCAGAACAAAUUAAUUCCACAAAUAAUAAAGUUGCACCUCUUGAAAUUUAUUCUUACGGUUCAAUUAUUGAAGAUUUCGAUUAUAAGAAAUUAACAUCAAUGAUUAAAAGAUUAAAUUAUUUGGAAAUGGAAGAUAAUAAUCGUUUCAAACUACAUGCUUUAAUCAAUACAUUUGAAAAUACUGUCUAUAACGCAAGACAAUAUUUAGAAGAUAUUACAGAAACUGGCUCUCUCUCACAGGAAACACUGAAUGGUUUUAAUGACUUGAUCUCUGAGAGUUUGGAAUGGAUUGAUAGUGAUAUCGAAAAUGCAACAGAGAAGCAAAUAAAUGAAAAAUUAUCAUCUCUUGAAGAGUUAAUGAAAAAACUUGAAGUUUUUUCAGAAUCUAGUUCUAUUGUUUUAGAUAAAGAUAGUUUCACACAAUUAAAGGCUGAUGGUGAGAAAUUAUUACAAGACAUUUUGGAUGUUGAUGAAGAUUUUGCUAUGACUGUGGAAGAUCUUGAAGAAGAAUAUACUGAAUUUGAUUUGGAUAUAUAUGAUGAAUUGCGCAAGGUUAAGCCUUCCAAAUAUUUGAGGAAAAAUUUGAAAUCAUGGGAUGCUGAUAUUGAAGAAUUGCAUGCUCUUCUAGAGACUGUUGAUCAAUUAUUGAAGAAGUUUGAUUCAACUGAUAGAAUAACAUUAUUCGAAAUCAAAACAAAACUUGAAGCUACUAUCGAAAGUGUAACUAAAAUGUUACCAUACUAUAUAAGAAAAAUCACACAUCAACGUAGAGAAAUUGUAACAAACUUAAAGACCUUACUGACUAAGAAAAACAGAAACUUGGAAAGAUAUGGUAACACCACCGGUAGAAUUAAAACUACUAGUGGGGAACGUAGGAGUAUUAUCCCUGAUAACCAAAACGCAGGAAUAACUAAAAAUGUCGUACACGAUGAACUUUGA